AUGGCAGGUUAUUUCUGUCAGGUUGGGCCCCCGACCAGAGUUUCAGGUUCACCUCGGCCCAAUUAUCAGCCCCAGCGCCCCAAUGCCCGAACUCGAGUCCAGUUCGCGAUAGUGCCUAAGCCAUGCAGGCCUCAUUCCACUCGACCAAGCAUUCGCGAUGGAAAGCCCGGAUCGAUCGCUCUUGUCACUUGCGCCGAGAAGCUAGUUGAACGGUGA